AUGUCAACCGCUGGAAGGUACAUGGAAAGGGUUCCGUUGAGGGAGAAGAAUGCGGGCAAUAUUGCUGCGAGUAGUAGUAGAGAAAAGACCAGGUUGACUGAGACUCCCAACACACACAAGAGCCGAAAGAUCACCACGCCGCCAGAAAGCGUGCUGGUGUCACGAAAGAAGAGUUCGAUUUUGGAGACACCGAUCUCGAAGCAUUUCAACGAUGAUGUGGUGAAUAGUACUUGCAACGGAGAAACGGAUAAUACAAAAUCGGCGUUGUUAUCACCGGCAUUUUCGUCGCCACAACAGCAGAAUCAUCGCCGGGUGAAGGAUAGCUUUGACAUACCACCUAAACCGUCGUUCGUUCAGUCGUCUUCGGCUUCGCUUGAUUCGGAGGAUGAGAAAUACAAGAGUAAGAAAAAGAAGAAGACCAAGAAGGAUUUGAAGGAUACAUUCCAGUUGGGGUCUCACGAUAAACCACCAUAUUCUUAUGCAACGUUGAUUGGAAUGUCGAUUUUGAGCAACUCUGAAAAGAGGUUGACCUUGUCGCAGAUAUAUCAGUGGAUAUCAGACACAUUUAAGUAUUACCGCCGGGAAGAAGUAGGAUGGCAAAACUCGAUUCGUCAUAAUUUAUCAUUGAAUAAGGCGUUUAUUAAGGGAGAGAAAUCGAAAGAUGGUAAGGGCCAUUUUUGGUGUAUUCAACCAGGAUGUGAAGAACAAUUCUUAAGAUCCAAGAAUAGCAAGAAGCAUUCUUAUCAGGAAAUUAUCGACCAAAUCUACGCAUCAAUCCAUCCUUCCAAAUCAUCGAUGAAUUCUAUACCAUCUUCUCCAAAUGUUUCUAAUGAGGAUUUGAAGCGCAAAGCAUCUGAUACUGAUGAUGCUGCGAGCUACGAUGGUUAUGGUGACGACGAGGACCAAGAAGACGACAAAGAAUACACAAGAUCAAUUUUAAAUCCUCCCAUUAAGAAGCAAAGAUUAUUAUCUGCCACCACUGGUAAUGGUACUUUGGAGACUAUCCCAAAUUUAGAAGCUCCAUUCAGCCAAUGGCAGGCAACACCGGGCGGGUUCAAAGUAUCCAAUUCACCAAAUAAUACAAACUCCAACAACCCUCCACAGUUUGUAAUAAGUGAAUCCCCAGACAAACCAUUAUUGGCAGGAAAAAACUUAACAUUCACAUCAUCCUUUAGCUGUAAUUCAAACUUAGAAUUAUCUCCCAUAAGACCUAGUGAAACUGGUCCUUUAUUAGAACCGUUAACACCCGCUAACAAUGUCUACAGAAAUGGAUCAUUGCUCAAUCAUCAAUUAUCAGCUUUCCACUAUCAAUCACACCAUCCACAUUUAUCAUCAUCCACUACAUCAACAUUAUUACAACAAUCCAUACAGCAACCCCACAAUAUUAAAACCCCAAAGUCAUGCAGUAGGACUCCAUUAAGAAACUUGCGAACUCCUCAAACUGCAUCUAUCAUGAAAAAGUUGUGGAACUCACCAUCAUACUUGGAGGAAUUCUAUUAUUCACCAUUGAUUUCAUCAUCACAAGCAGUAUUAAAUUCUUAUGAUGAUGACGAUAUGAUAAUGAGGGCUUUCGAACUGCCAAGCAACAAUGCGCAUGGUCAUAAUAAGAGACCUUCAAUUUCGUCAAUCUCUACAAACUCCAGUAGAAAUUUGUUCAACGAUUUGAAGAAAAUUGAUCAUUCCAGUAGAAACAGCUCGACGUCUAGUAACAAUGAUAAGGAAGGAACUCGAUUACGCAGCGUGAGUGCAGCUUCCACGGAACAGGAUGAUAGCUAA